GGCCUGCGCGGACUGCCGCCUUCCUUUCCAGCCGGAAGCCGCCCAGGAGGAGCACGUUUCGCCGCCAGCUGCGCCAUGCCGCCCAAAGACGACAAGAAGAAGAAGGACGCGGGCAAGUCCGCCAAGAAGGACAAGGACCCCGUCAACAAGUCCGGCGGCAAAGCCAAGAAGAAGAAGUGGUCCAAGGGGAAGGUGAGAGACAAGCUGAACAACCUGGUCCUCUUCGACAAAGCCACUUACGACAAGCUCUGCAAGGAGGUGCCCAACUACAAGCUCAUCACGCCCGCCGUGGUCUCAGAGAGGCUGAAGAUCCGGGGGUCGCUCGCGCGCGCUGCGCUGCAGGAGCUCCUGGGCAAAGGUCUAAUUAAACUGGUCUCCAAGCACAGAGCACAGGUCAUCUACACCCGAAACACUAAGGGAGGUGAUGCACCAGCUGCAGGAGAGGAUGCUUAAAAAGGUGAGCCCAGAAGACCAGUACAGCUCCACAUGGCCAAAGAGAACUUGGGUUGACCGACUACAUUGCAUCAGAGAGACCUAAUUUCUUCUUUGGUUUGCUUUGCAGAUUUUCAAAUGGCUUUCAGAGUUAAUUGUAUAGACAUGAAAAUAAAUUGAUUAAACUCUUUGAGACUUUGUAAUGAUCUGAGCAAAUGCUAAUAAUUAUACUAGGGGUAAAAUGGCUUUACUGUUUUUGAAUGGCAAAAACUUUUACAGAAUUUGGGUACAUGAAAAUAAAAUGAAUAAAAUGAAAGCACCAACUGUAUAACGGUGUGGGCAGUGCAAGUAUGCAAGCUAGUGUCUAUCUUGAUAAAUAAGUUUGAACAACUUGAAUAAACAAGGGAUAUAUAGAAAGUC